AUGAUCCCUAUUCGCCACCACAGUCCUUCUCGCAUUCACGUCUCCCCAACAAUUAAUCUGAGAGACAACGAAGCAGCAGCAAAUCUGAUUUUCGACUUGGUACGGGAUUUCUUCACCAAAGCAAACAUUCCUAUCACGGAAAUCCAAUUCCGGGGGCACCUCAUUAUCAUCAUCUUGGAAACUGAACCAGAUAAUCUCGAAGUUCUAUGGGCACUUCCUAAGUCGAUUGCAAAUUGUAAUUGCUUUUACCUCUUUGAGUCGGAAAUAGAGAGACCCGUCAAGCUUUCGGCCCAGCCGCCGAAGCAAAUUACCCCGGCUGCUACUGAUAAAACGGCUAUUGAUGAUACGCAGAACCCGACCCUCCGGCCAGGGCUAGUUUUAAGUUCCACAAAAACCACCCAGGGAGAAGAGUUCCGAACUUCUUCCGGCGUCCUUGUUCAGGACACAAGUGGUCAUAGGUACAUGACAGCUGCCUCACAUGGAUUCCCUGAAGGGGGGACGGUUUAUCAUCCUACUGCCUCUAGUCUGGAAAUCGGACGAUCUAUUUUCAAACUCACACACACUAACAUUGCGCUCGUCAAACUCAACGACGGGAUACAGUUUCUGAAUGAGCCUUUCAGGAAUAGUAUCGCCCCACGUGAUCCGUUCAAACUCGAUAACUUCAUUCGGGCGGGCGAGACAAAGAUAGGCGACGACAUUUUCCUUGAUAGUCCAUUCUCUGGCGUUAUCCAAGGGUCACGAAUGGCCCACUCCUCUGUUCGGAUCCCCUAUCCUCAUGGGCCUACCGUCUGGAUUCGUUGUCAUUUGGUCUACCUUGGUCAAGACUCUGCCAGCGAUAUAGUCGACGGAGUUUGCGGCUCGGCUAUUUGGGACAAGGAUCAUAGAGUUCUUGGAUUCUUUCGUCACGCCCGCAUGUCAGGGGUGUUUAAGGACCAUUGUUCCAUUAUCGCUGCUGACCAUAUGCUUGAUAAAGGGUACACCGUGGUUUAG